UGAAUGUGGCAUCGCUACACAUUUUGUUCCGUCCCGGAACGUCCCACUACUAUUAGAACGUCUGUCACGGCUAGAAGAUGCGGACUACAACGUCAUCAACGAGACUAUUGACGAAUUCUAUCAGCACAGGGCACCUGACGAUCCGCCACCGCACCUAGUGGGCGACGUCCGCGAAGCGAUCGAUCACGCAUUCAGUCAUAGGAACCCGGUAACUAUACUCGAAACGCUGGAGAAUAUGACGAGAGAUGGUGGCAAGGCAGUGACCGCUGCCGUGCAACUCUGGGCAAGGGAAACUGCAGAUGCGAUCAGGGCACGGA